AUGCAGAUCUCAACCGCUUUGAUCAGCCUCGGCCUUCUGGCCAGCUCCGUCGUCGCUGCUCCUCACAGACUUAAGGCUCGCGCCCCAGGUGGUGAAGUCGUCGUUUACUGGGGCCAGAACGCCGCCGCAGCCAGCGAGAACAACGAUCUUUCAACCUACUGUACUUCCAGCUCUGGUAUCGACAUCGUUGUCCUUGCCUUCCUUUACGAGUACGGAAAUGGCAUUACGAUCCCCUCUGGUGUCAUCGGACAGGACUGCUCUAUUAGCACCAGCGGUCAAGGUAGCAACUGUGGCAAUCUCGCUAGGCAGAUCUCAACCUGCCAGUCCCACGGUGUCAAGGUUAUCCUCUCUCUCGGUGGUGCCGUUGGUGCCUACUCCCUCACUUCCCAGGCCGAAGCCGAGACAAUCGGUCAGCACCUCUGGGACGCCUACGGAAAUACCUCUGGUGGCAGUAUUCCCCGACCAUUCGGAUCCGUUUUCGUUAACGGUUGGGACUUUGAUAUUGAAGCCAGCAGCGGUAAUCAAUACUACCAGUACAUGAUCUCUAAACUCCGCUCCAACUUUGCCUCCGAUUCGGCCCACACUUACUACAUUACUGGCGCUCCCCAAUGCCCUGUUCCGGAGCCUAAUAUGGGUCAGAUCAUUACCGCUGCUCAGUUCGAUUACCUCUGGAUCCAGUUCUACAACAACCCUUACUGCUCAUACCCAAACACUCUCAACUACCAUGAUUGGGUUUCAUACGUCUCCGGCACACCUUCCGCUCAUGCUAAACUCUUCCUUGGUGUUCCCGCCUCUGAGCUUGGGUCUACGGGAACUCAAAGCGGUGCUGUCUACUACCAAUCUCCCAGUGUUCUCGCGAGCACUGUCGCUUCGUUCGACACCAGCUCCAACUGGGGUGGUAUCAUGAUGUGGGACGCUGCUUUCUCCGAUGCCAACAUGGUUAAUGGUUGCACCUACGCCCAACAGGCUUCUAGCAUCUUGAAAACUGGCUCUCCUUGCGGUGGUACUGGCACCACUCCUCCCCCUCCUACGACCACCAGCACCUCCCCUACGACCUCUCCUACUUCUCCUGCCACUGGUACUCCAGUAGCUCAGUGGGGUCAGUGCGGAGGUCAAGGUUACACCGGAUCAACGGUUUGCGCUUCCCCAUACCACUGUGUUACGGAGAGCAUCUGGUGGGCAUCCUGCCAGUAA